AAAGACAAGUUGAUCGGAUCAGAUGCAGGAACAUUACGUCUGAUUUGUGUGCAACAAUUUAGGGUCUGGAGAAGCCUUGACAAGCAAGGCAAUUUCUACGAGGUAAACCAAUCUCGGUUUCGGGUCAUUCCCUCACCAGGCACGUAUAUUUCAUUAUCUAUGUUCACGGAAGGAGCGUGCUUCUUCACAGUGACCGCUGCUGGAGGCAAUGGGGGGUCUGCAGUACCUGGCUCGAGGGCUCUGAACACACAAUCUUUGUUUCCGCCGUCGCUGCCAAACGACUGGAAGAUCGCACGGAUCGCACGCGCUUACCGGGCAGUGCUCCGUAGUCAUCAGAGUACCUGUCUACUUUGUGCGCCCUCAAUCAAUGAAGCCAUCGGUCUAUUAAUGAAUUCGGUCUUCAUCUCGCUCUGUCUCGCAAUGUAAACCCAAUCCAACAGCUGACUUUGACUCAAACGCAAGGCCCACUCGGUGGUAACUUCAAGCGAGCUGCGUGGCUCUCAGACUCGAUACGUGAUGGCGGACUUGGAUACACCAGCAGGGGCUCAAGGGCUUCUCGUAUAGCGUGCAAGAAGUCCGGAUUGAGCGGACGAACGCACAACUACGGUGCUGAAGCGCUCUUCGAGUUGUCAAUACUCGCGGCAACUAGUUAGUUUCGAGGGUUGGAACUACCCCCACGUCUUCGCGGUCCUGAUCCCGAAGUCUCACAGCAAGAGUUGCUGAAUUCAUGCUACGCGAGACUCCCUGAUUGCCCCCCCUGCGCACAACGACACUUGAUGGAGCUCAUCGCCAGGCACUGAUAUGGGAUAAUUGCUUACUGGAGCGUCGCCAAUUGAGCGUGUCCAACACGCAUGGUGCAAACUGCAUCAGCGCUUCGGACCCCUGAUUUCAAGUUUGGCGUUGGUCCGCGGAUGAAGGCAAGCCAGGCGCCUCGCGCAAUCAGAACAGUCGUCAGCUCUGAAAGACUCGCACUUGUUGUUCGUCCCCGUCGCUGCAAUGCAAGUGCUCCAGACCGGAUCUGGACCUUCUCAAAUUAGCACUGUUCCGGACGUGCCAAUGAUGGGUACAUACAUAAUCCUCCACGACGUCGCGUCCCACGGCCGCAGCUGCCGCGCCUCCGCCACUCCCAGCUGUGACAGAGAAUACCAGGCGGAUGCUUCCCGCACUCUUUCUCGUGCCUAAUUCCAGCGCUAACUCCUCCUUCGCUGUCAGACAUCGUGCUUCCCCGCUUACGGAGUCUCCGCCACCUGCGGCUUGCCGGACCACCCAAGCGCCUCACAACACCCGCAGGGGGGAGAGGCCAAAACGCCACCUGCGUCAUCGCGCAGCCGGGCCUCCACGCCCAGUGAGCCCGAUAAUGUGCCGUGUGCAGUAAUCAGCAUCAUCCAUCAUCCAUUAUCAUCUUCGAGCCUCCAGCCCGCGCGCGAGAUCCCGGACCAAGAGCGGUGAGGCACCGCGCACGGCGAUUCGAGCGCACAGGCACAGCCGUAAGCGACACUCGCCCGCGCGUAAUUGUGUAUGUACAGUAUGUACCUGCCCUCACACGUCUCGAAGCACACACCCGGGAGCCUACGGGGAUCCGUCCGCGAACUCGGGUCCAGUGCGGAAGUGUUGUCCACCGCACGUCUUCGCAUGCUGUCACAAGUCAAACAAGGUUGGCCUGGCCUGGGCGCGCGCCCGGCGUCUGCCGGUGCUUCGAGGCAUUUUCGGCGACAUGAUGCAUGCCGUGACUCAUAACACACGCAGUUGCAUUAUUUUUGAACCAACAGCAUUACUCUCAACUUGAAGGGCUCACGUGCCGCCCGUGAAACGUCAGCCGCGGAGAGACACGACGCUGGGUAACCUGUUGUCAGUUACGGUUUCAAGUCCACGCCGCUGGCGCUGAAUUAGAAACAGCGCUUUAGAAUACUUGGCUAGAUGUUGAUCAUGAUUCGUGUAGGAUCAAAGUCUACUGGGCUUGUUAUCAUCAGGGUUAUUUCUGUCGUUAUUCAUCGAUAUUCAUCGUUCACCUGGC